AAAGGAAGUUCCGGCUGGAAGCGCUCCUGACUCCUCUCUAGCUCUUUAAUCGCACAGCCUUCUCCUAGUCUUGUUCGAGUUUUGCUUCCACUUCUUUAAAGGCUCUAAACAUUCCUUAAAUCCUUUUUGGUCACCUUUUUUAUUAAAGCAUCUUUAUGCUACGGGUCGCCAUUCGGGUCAAAGGCAAAGGCGGCGGGACCUGAAACUUCAUGCGGGCGCCAGCGCUGGGCGUUACCAUAGAGAGGAAAGCCACCUCUCUGGGCUGAGAUUACAGUCUCUAUGGUUCAGCCCGGCCGGUGGCGGUAAGAGGACACAGGGAGACCUCCCUGCGCAGGCGCAUUAUGGUUUUUUUUUUUUUUUUUUUUUUUUUUUUUUUUUUUUUUUUUUUAAUCCCCGCACCAAGCGCUUAACCUCAUUGGGGUGGAGGAGAAGGCGGUGGCUGUCCGGUCCGCAGCCGCAACAGUAGUGAAUAAUAGAACUAAUGGACUGCUGAAUUAUGAAGUAUUUCAGACCCAGUUGUAGAUCAUCACUCCGCCACUCUCUCCUUUAUUGCCUACUAGUUAUUUAAAUUGGACUUUUAAUAUCCUACCAGCUGCUCUUCAGACACACAUGGUGCAUUGCUGCCAUUCCCGGGAUUGCAUCUUUGAGACACACACUCUUAGGAGCCUUCAGCAAACAAAGAGGCCACCUCCCGGUACGGCUACCGGGAGGGAGUCAUCCUGACCGCCCUCUAGCCUUGGCCAGAUCUGGAUUUGAAUCCUACCAUGGAACCUCGAAUGGAGUCCUGUCUGGCCCAGGUGCUGCAGAAGGAUGUGGGGAAGCGGCUGCAGGUUGGCCAGGAGCUCAUAGACUAUUUCUCAGACAAACAGAAGUCUGCUGACCUUGAGCAUGACCAGACCAUGUUAGAUAAGCUUGUGGAUGGACUCGCUACCUCUUGGGUGAACUCCAGCAAUUACAAGGUGGUUCUCCUGGGCAUGGACAUCCUGUCGGCACUGGUGACUAGGCUGCAGGACCGGUUCAAGGCGCAAAUCGGCACAGUGUUGCCAAGUCUAAUAGACAGACUGGGAGAUGCUAAAGACUCCGUGAGGGAGCAAGACCAAACCCUGCUGCUAAAGAUCAUGGAUCAAGCUGCUAAUCCCCAGUAUGUGUGGGACAGAAUGCUCGGAGGCUUCAAACACAAGAACUUCCGCACCAGGGAGGGCAUCUGCCUCUGCCUUAUCGCGACACUCAAUGCCUCUGGGGCCCAGACUCUAACACUAAGCAAGAUUGUGCCACAUAUAUGUAACCUAUUGGGAGAUCCCAACAGCCAGGUUCGAGACGCAGCAAUAAACAGUCUGGUGGAGAUUUAUAGACAUGUAGGUGAACGUGUGAGGGCAGACCUCAGUAAGAAAGGACUGCCACAGUCCCGGUUGAAUGUCAUUUUUACAAAAUUUGAUGAAGUCCAAAAGUCUGGAAAUAUGAUACAGUCUGCAAAUGAAAAAAAUUUUGAUGAUGAAGAUUCUGUGGAUGGCAACAGGCCUUCUUCUGCCAGCUCCUCAUCAUCCAAGGCCCCAUCAAGUUCCCGGAGGAAUGUUAGCCUGGGGACCACCCGCAGGCUCAUGUCAUCCAGUCUUGGAUCUAAGUCUUCAGCUGCAAAAGAAGGUGCUGGUGCUGUGGAUGAAGAGGAUUUUAUUAAAGCCUUUGAUGAUGUACCUGUAGUGCAGAUUUACUCCAGCCGAGACCUCGAGGAAUCCAUAAACAAAAUCAGAGAAAUCCUGUCAGAUGACAAGCAUGACUGGGAGCAGAGGGUCAAUGCUCUAAAAAAGAUUAGAUCGUUACUCUUGGCUGGGGCUGCUGAGUACGAUAACUUCUUUCAACACUUGCGUCUUCUGGACGGGGCCUUUAAACUCUCUGCUAAGGACCUGCGGUCUCAGGUAGUGCGGGAAGCUUGUAUCACACUGGGGCACCUGUCAUCAGUUCUGGGAAAUAAGUUUGAUCAUGGAGCUGAAGCCAUUAUGCCAACUAUCUUUAAUUUAAUCCCGAACAGUGCCAAAAUUAUGGCUACUUCUGGUGUUGUAGCUGUUAGACUAAUCAUUCGGCACACUCACAUCCCUCGACUGAUCCCUGUCAUAACCAGCAAUUGUACCUCUAAAUCUGUCGCCGUCAGAAGGCGCUGUUUUGAAUUUUUAGAUUUGCUUUUACAAGAAUGGCAGACACAUUCACUAGAAAGACAUAUAUCAGUAUUAGCUGAAACCAUAAAGAAAGGAAUACACGACGCUGAUUCCGAAGCAAGAAUAGAAGCCAGGAAAUGCUACUGGGGUUUCCACAGUCACUUCAGCCGAGAAGCAGAACACCUGUACCACACUUUGGAGUCCUCCUAUCAGAAGGCCCUACAGUCCCACUUGAAGAACUCGGACAGCAUCGUGUCUCUGCCGCAGUCAGACCGAUCCUCUUCCAGCUCUCAAGAGAGUCUCAACCGACCGCUUUCAGCCAAAAGAAGUCCCACUGGCAGCGCUGCAUCCAGAGGCUCUACAGUUAGUACCAAAUCUGUGUCGACGACAGGAUCUCUCCAACGAUCUCGAAGUGAUAUUGAUGUGAACGCAGCAGCCAGUGCCAAAUCCAAAGUCUCCUCAUCCUCAGGAUCCACCGCCUUCAGCUCUGCAGCAGCACUGCCUCCAGGAUCCUAUGCAUCCUUAGAGUCCAGACACAUGAGGGAAGACUUGGAGUACGUAGGCCUGGAUGCAGGUCGAAUCCGCACGAGACGGCAGAGCUCGGGGAGCACCACCAAUGUUGCCUCUACACCCUCCGACAGUCGGGGCCGCAGUCGCGCCAAAGUGGUUUCACAGUCUCAGCGAUCCAGAUCUGCUAACCCUGCUGGUGCUGGCAGCCGGUCAAGUUCCCCUGGGAAGCUUUUGGGAAGUGGCUGUGGUGGACUUGCUGGGGGUUCCUCAAGAGGCCCACCGGUAACACCAUCCUCAGAAAAACGAAGCAAGAUCCCCAGGAGUCAGGGAUGUAGCCGAGAAACAAGUCCUAACCGGAUUGGAUUAGCACGGAGCAGCCGUAUCCCCCGACCCAGCAUGAGUCAGGGGUGCAGCCGCGAUACCAGCCGUGAGAGCAGCCGCGAUACAAGCCCUGCUCGGGGCUUUACACCACUCGCCUCUCGACGUCAUUCCAGGUCCACUAGUGCUCUCUCCACUGCUGAAUCUGUUGGGCAGUCAGAUCGGUUUGGGCUGGGCCAGUCAGGACGAAUCCCUGGUUCUGUGAACGCCAUGCGAGUCUUGAGUACCAGCACUGACCUGGAAGCUGCAGUGGCCGACGCUCUGCUGUUAGGAGACGCCAGGAGCAAGAAGAAGCCUGUGAGAAGGAGAUACGAGCCCUAUGGAAUGUACUCUGAUGAUGACGCCAACAGUGAUGCCUCCAGUGUGUGCUCUGAGCGCUCAUAUGGCUCCAGGAAUGGUGGCAUUCCCCAUUAUCUGCGGCAGACUGAAGAUGUAGCAGAGGUUCUCAACCAUUGUGCCAGUUCCAACUGGUCAGAACGGAAAGAGGGGCUCCUGGGCCUGCAGAACUUACUGAAGAGCCAAAGAACACUGAGUCGAGUAGAAUUGAAGAGACUGUGUGAGAUUUUCACCCGAAUGUUUGCCGACCCUCACAGCAAGAGAGUUUUCAGUAUGUUUUUGGAGACCCUCGUGGAUUUUAUAAUCAUUCAUAAGGAUGACUUGCAAGACUGGCUUUUCGUCCUUCUCACACAACUACUUAAGAAAAUGGGAGCAGACUUACUUGGAUCUGUGCAAGCAAAAGUUCAGAAGGCUCUAGAUGUCACCAGGGAUUCCUUUCCAUUUGAUCAACAAUUUAACAUUUUGAUGAGAUUUAUUGUGGAUCAGACUCAAACUCCAAACCUCAAGGUCAAAGUGGCAAUCCUGAAAUAUAUCGAGUCUCUAGCCAGACAGAUGGACCCCACAGAUUUUGUGAAUUCCAGUGAAACAAGACUUGCUGUUUCUAGGAUCAUAACAUGGACUACAGAACCAAAGAGUUCAGACGUGAGAAAGGCAGCACAGAUUGUGCUCAUCUCUCUGUUUGAACUGAACACUCCUGAAUUUACCAUGUUACUUGGUGCCUUGCCAAAAACAUUCCAGGAUGGUGCCACCAAACUCCUGCAUAACCACCUCAAGAACUCCAGUAACACCGGUGUGGGAUCUCCAAGCAAUACAAUUGGCCGGACACCUUCCCGCCACCCCAGCAGCAGGACCAGCCCCCUGACCUCACCCACCAACUGUUCCCAUGGGGGACUAUCUCCAAGUCGGUUGUGGGGUUGGAGUGCCGACGGGCUAUCGAAGCCCCCACCUCCCUUUUCUCAGCCUAACUCCAUUCCCACCGCUCCCUCCCACAAGACUCUCAGGCGCUCUUACUCUCCCAGCAUGCUGGACUAUGACACAGAGAACCUGAACUCUGAAGAAAUCUACAGCUCUUUGCGUGGAGUCACAGAGGCCAUUGAAAAGUUCAGCUUCCGAAGCCAGGAGGAUCUAAACGAGCCAAUCAAACGAGAUGGCAAGAAGGAUUGUGAUAUCGUGUCCCGAGAUGGGGGAGCAGCCUCACCUGCCACCGAAGGCCGGGGAGGUAGUGAGGUAGAAGGAGGCAGGAUGGCUUUGGACAACAAGACCUCCCUGCUCAACACGCAGCCUCCACGUGCCUUUCCGGGGCCAAGAGCACGGGAAUACAACCCGUAUCCCUACUCCGACACCAUCAACACCUAUGACAAGACGGCUCUGAAGGAAGCAGUGUUUGAUGAUGACAUGGAGCAGCUCCGAGAUGUGCCCAUUGACCACUCGGACCUGGUGGCCGACUUGCUGAAAGAGCUAUCUAACCACAAUGAGCGUGUGGAGGAGAGGAAGGGCGCACUGCUGGAGCUGCUCAAGAUCACCCGGGAGGACAGCCUGGGCGUGUGGGAGGAGCACUUCAAGACCAUCCUGCUGCUGUUGCUGGAAACUCUCGGAGACAAAGACCAUUCCAUUCGAGCUCUGGCACUGAGAGUUUUACGGGAGAUUCUGAGAAACCAGCCAGCAAGAUUCAAAAACUACGCAGAACUGACGAUCAUGAAGACUCUGGAAGCCCACAAAGACUCCCACAAGGAGGUGGUGAGAGCGGCCGAGGAAGCUGCGUCCACGCUAGCCAGCUCAAUCCACCCAGAGCAGUGCAUCAAAGUGCUGUGUCCAAUCAUCCAGACAGCCGACUACCCCAUCAACCUGGCUGCCAUCAAGAUGCAGACAAAGGUGGUGGAGAGGAUCACCAAGGAGUCCUUGCUGCAGCUCCUCGUCGACAUCAUCCCCGGCCUGCUGCAGGGUUACGACAACACUGAGAGCAGUGUACGGAAAGCCAGUGUGUUUUGCUUAGUGGCAAUCUAUUCCGUAAUCGGAGAAGAUCUGAAACCUCACCUCGCACAGCUCACGGGGAGCAAGAUGAAGCUGCUGAACUUAUAUAUAAAGAGGGCCCAGACUACCAACAGCAACAGCAGCUCUUCCUCUGAUGUGUCCACACACAGCUAGUGGCCGUGCCAGUCUGUGCAGAACACACAUUGGUGGUGCCUCUGAGAAGCUCCAUCAGCUGCCCAGUCCAUUCAAGGAGGCCGCACAUAAUUUAUUACAAUCAGUAUUUUGGUCCCUUCCAGCUUUUAUGUAGAAUUUUGCUGGUAUUGAAUGUAACAGAAGCAAGGCCUGGGGACUGAGAAAUGAAGAGCCAUACUUACACGUGUCUUGCACCACCUGCUGACAUCACCAAACCAUGGAGGGCACAGUUCUUAGAAACCAGAGCUCUCUAGCCAGUGCUUGGUACACAGUAGCAUAUUCUUCAGUCCAUACAGACUUGGGGGUGGUUUGGGGUAUUGCUGUGUGUUCUUUAUGCUUAUGUUCUUAGAUUAUGGUCAGAUGGGACAAGGCCCCCUCCUGUCUUGUACAUGACACGGAGAAAGGUUGUGUGUUCUUUAGGAUGUGUCUUAGAGUUCUCAGAGUGGGACUGCAGUCUGGGCAAGAGAAAGACAUCAACCUGGAGCUGGCCUCACAACAGACAUGGCGGCUGGUUUCACGUGCAGAGGGAGCCAACUUCCCUGCCUUGGGAAUCAGUAAUGCCACCAAAAUUCUCAUGGUUGCAUUAAAGAAAGGUGACUGUAAAACGCCAUGAUUGGAACCAGACUUAUAUCAUGUGUCCCGGGAAGCGCUGGCUGAAACUCUUGAAGCAACUAAGGUAGAGUCUGGCUAAAUAGAUUUUAAAUAAAAGUCUUUUUU